CCUUUCGCUGUCUGUGAAACAGGCUCAAUACAGUCCCACACUGCAGCCAGACAGGACUCAUCCCACAUUAGAGACUGGGAAGAGACAGACCCAAAAACACAAAACAAGCAGCCAUGGCCUCGGCACUGGAGCUUCUCUUCUGUGAAGACAGUCAUCUCACAGAGUGCAUGAGGCUGCGGGCUCAGAGUGUGCAGGAGGGGAACCAGACGCGGCAGGAUGGCGAGAAGCUGCUACGGCCCAAGGAGUAUGUGUACCGGCUGGAGUUCACCGAGCAGAAGCUCAAGUUCCAGAAGUGGAACAUUCAGCUGGACGUCCUGGGGAAGAUCAUCAUCACAGGCACCUCCCAGCACUGGACACCUGACCUCACCAACCUCAUGACCAGGCAGCUCCUGGACCCUGCUGGGAUCUUCUGGAAGAAGGAGGGGGAAGACCAGAUCCAGUGCUACGAGGCGGACGCCCAGGAAUUCGGGGAGCGAAUAGCCGAGCUCGCCAAGAUCCGAAAGGUGAUGUACUUCCUGGUGACGUUUGAAGACGGCAUGGACCCAGCCAACAUCAACUGCUCAAUCACUUUCAAAGUGUGAUCGCUGAAAUAUUGAUCACUUGCUUACUUUCUUACUCGCUUGUUUAUUUUAACUAGCUGCAACGGGAAGGGUUUUCUUGCUGUGUGUUUCCUCCUACAGUAGUUCUGUAGUUACUUAUAUUGAAUAUGUUUCUUUGUGCUUUAAUGUUUGAAUGCUUGAAUAUGCACAUUGUGCAACUGCGGACCAUUGGACUAAAAAACUAUGAUUGAACCUGCUCUAACACAAAAAAGCACAGAGUAAUAACAAGCAAGCUUUCUGUAUACAGCUUCUACUCUAAAUGCAGAAUGUAUUAUGGUUUGCCCAGUUUGAUGUUUUUAUUCGUUUUUGCAGAGUAUAUAGAACAAAUUUCUCUGUUCCAUGUUCUGAAUAAUUCCAGCACCAGUUUAUAGAAAUAUGCUUAAGAUGACACGUUUCUAUUUUUAAGCUUACAUGACAUUAUAACCAAAUAUAUAUAUAUAUAUAUAUAUAUAUAUAUAUAUAUAUAUAUAUAUAUAUAUAUAUAUAUAAACAGUAUAGAUAUAUAAUUAUGAAGCAGCUGCAUUAAAGUAUAUGGCGCACUUAAUCUUAUAUAUACACUGUAUUCAUGAGAACAGUCCUUUAUCUGUGCACGCCAGCUGACCAGCUGUUAAACAUCACUACUGGAAAAGGUUAUGGCAGCAGCAAGCUGGUGUCUAUUCGAUGGUAUUGAUUGUAUUUCAUGGCAUGUCCCCUCAAGGUGCUAAUUAGAAUGAAGUACUCCACUGGGAGAUUUCAGCUAUGAAAAAAACCAUCCCGCUUUGCUUGUUUACAUCCACCCAAAAUUCACAGCUGCAGCAUUCUGAAUGUCAAACAGUUCCAGGGCUCCAAAACAAAUAUUACUUUCAACUCUCAAACUUCACUUUCCAAAUACUGCAGUACUAUUCACUAAAACGCCUGUAUCAUUACAGUGUAAUGUAAUAGGUGUCUGUUUUU